AACUCCUCCAGCUUCCACAGCCAAAUCUCUAUCGUUUUCUUUCAACAUAUUUUUGUAACAAUUCCCAUUUAUUGGUCCAUUGAUUUUGCCAUCGACCAUUUUCGGGCCUCAGUAGCGCUUGCCAACAAAAUACACGUUAGGCGUUUCAGAAAAGAACCAGGCAUCAUCACAUAGUGAUUUUGGAUUUCUGAUCAAGCUAAAUCUGGGUGAUUUAUUUACCAAUAGGCACUCUCGCUCAUUUGUGACGGCGACCUCAUCAUCAUGGCUUUCUGAAAUAUCAAAGCAAAUCACCAUUUCGUAUGCUUAAGGCUCAAUCAAAGUUCGUCGCUGAGUACGGUCAGUCGUGCUACCAAUGCCAGGAAAUUCGAAAUACGAAGCUCAGGUCAUUCCGGAUCCCUAUGCUGACCAUGAUCGAACGAGUCGUUCGCAUACCACAAUCAUAAUGUCUGCGGACUGCCGGGAACUAGAGAUGGAGGCGGCGCAAUUUAAGGGCGAACCGUACUUGCACCGAUCGUAUUCAUCGCCUGGAGCUUCUGUUGAUGAGAAAACGCUUGCCUCUCGCCCUCGCUCUAGAACUUCCACAAAAUUUUCUUCCGGUGUCUGGGGAAUGCUCGUUGUGUUGAUAUCAGCCUUCUGGGUCGCUCCUGUGUCAGCUGUGUUUAUAGAGUUCUCAAACUGCUUGGAGGAGAGCUACCAGGGCAACUAUCCUUAUCAGUUACAGUUUGUUCCAUACUUCCUAUGGGCAGUAUUCAAUACCACCGAUUCAACUCAUAACCUCGCGCUCCAAGUAUGGGGUGAUGUUAAAGGGUCUGGCCCAGGGUCGUCAAUAGUGGUUCCACCUUUAUCCAACGACACAGCGUACUGGCAAAGUAACUCAUCCGACACCUACAAUGGCAAGAUUGCCGAUGAGCCAGAUCCAGCAUCUCAGAAACUUACAACGCUCUCUAAUAAGGUCACCGUGCUAACCUAUGAGCCUUUCAAUCAAUAUGUAGAUUUCUGUGAGCAGCUAAUCAAUGGUACAUGUCCUCUAGGCCCUUCUUUUAAUGCUUCAAGGUAAGCUAUGGCUCAAGAUCUUGCAUGAUGCUCGAAUAAUUAAUAUGCUCUAGGUGGAAUCCAUACACUUUUCCUUCUUUCGGGUUCAAUAACAACUUCUACUCCUCAUAUGCUUUCACUUCAUUCAGUGCAACAAUGGUCAUUAAGAAUGGCGAUACUGCUGCUACUUCUAUUGGAUGCGUAUCAGCUGACAUCACGCCUGACAUUGGAAGCAGUUUAGCUGGGGUUGUGAAGUAUGUCCCUAUGGUCGUGCUCGUGUGUGUCGGGUUUGCAACUGCUUUUGCAGGCAUAUACAGCCCCUGGGGCACCAAUGAUAUAUUUCGAUGGACGACAAAUUAUGGCCGAGAUGCUGACCUUCUCCGUUUGGUCACCCCUGGUUUUGGCGACUGCUUACAAUAUAUCCAAUUUGUUGUUCUCACCGGAGGAUUGACACUUAACUACCCUGGUUUUUAUCAACCUAUCGUUAGUAAAGUUGCUUGGUCGUCAUUGAUGUUCAAUGAGAGCUUCGUCAGCAACACCUACAAAGAGGGCUUGGUAGACGGUAUAUACGUAGUGAACGGAACUUACGGUCUCGAUCGGAUGCGACAACUCAUUGGAAUGGGAGAAGCCGACGAUGUCUGGGCCGGCAUGGCUGUCUGGCUUUUGUCUAUCAUUGGGGUCGUCCUCGUACUUAUCCAGGUCGGUUUCGCACUGCGGUGGAUGCGGAGACUGCUUAUGGGUACGCAAGAAGAGGAUUUGAGGAAGAAAAAUAUGCCAUUUUCGGUUGGAAAUGUGAUUCGGAUUGUGUUUAACUAUUUCUUACUUCCCGUCGUUGCUCUGUCUAUGUUUCAACUAGUUGAGGCUUCCAGCUCACCAGCCUAUACGACCGGCUUGGCUUUAGUUAUGCUAAUCGUGAUUGUCGUUUUUGCUAUCUAUUUGUUGUACCUCAUUGCAACGGCAAGACCAAAAUCCUACCUGUUCGAUGAUCUUCCCACGGUGCUUACCUACGGAGCAUUAUACAACACAUAUUCGGACAACGCGGCACCUUUCGCCCUCGUACCAGUACUCCUGACCUUGCUUCGCGGUAUCUCGAUUGGAGCUGUUCAACCUUCGGGCAUUGCCCAGCUCGUUCUGCUUGCUAUUUGCGAGGUCAUCACGAUAUUGGCAUUACAUGCCUUCCGUCCGUUUCAUUCUCCAACAUCAAUGAAUGCCUACCACACAUUCUUCGCCGCUGUACGCUUUUCAACCAUUUUGUUAAUGAUAGCAUUCGCUCCUUCACUUGGUAUUACUGAAGGGCCAAAGGGAUGGGUUGGCUAUGCGAUUCUCCUAAUGCAUGCUAUUGUACUCAUCCUUGGCUUUCUGCUAAAUGCUAUCCAGACAAUUGUUGAAGUUGCAGCCAGGCUUGCGGGCGCUGGAGGCGAUGAGAGCGGAGCAGCUAGAGGCGGUCUUUCAAAGGUAUUCGGUAUGCGGCAAUUGUCUAGAAGAUUACCUCGUCGGGACGCCUCAUCGCGUCAAAGUCAACUGUCAAGCGCCGCUAUGCUCUCUGAGCAAGACAGAAAAUCAUAUCUGAUCGAAGGAGGCAGGCUUCGCAGUCAGUCGGCCGGCAGUGCUGGCAUCUUGCUCAACAGGCAAAGUGCAAAUCUCGAUAGUAUGGCUGUAGACGCCUUCGGUGCCAUGCCCGCGCAUCAUGUCAGCAGCGGUGCGCCGAGCUCUUAUACUCCAACAACACCAGGAGAGGCAAGCACGUUUUCAUUUUUGCCAUCGGCUGCAGCGCCGAGCGGUCGGGGACGUAAUAAAGGCCCCAUACUUGGUCUGGACACAACCGAUGCAGCUGAUCCCUACUAUCGCCCUCCCAGAUUCCGCCGACCGACGGCAGAUGCUUAUUCCCCAGGAGCGAGGAGUCGAGGUUCGUGGGCUAGUGGUGACUGGACCAAUAGACGUUGGAGUCAGCAUGAAUCCCCACCCGCCGAUCCUGAUGCAAUUGAACCAUUUGAGGGUCCUUCAAUUUCCGGACGUAACAGCCCGUCCCAACAGCAAGCGUUAGAUGGUGCACCACUAGAGCUUAACCGAUCAAAAGCUGAUUACACUACAAGAGAAGUGGACUUCUACUACGGGGUCCGUGGGCCUGCUUUGAACGCCGAAGCACCUAGUCGAAGAAUAAAGACUGGUCCGACAGAUCCCACAGGAAUUCCUGCCUCUGCGGCGGGUUGGUUCAAGAGCCUCUUCAAAGGCAAAACGAAAGAAAAAGGUAAAGGCUUCGAGGUAGUGCGGAGCUCCAGGAUGCCACCAGGAAUGAGCAACGCAAGGAACGCACCCGGCGAUGAGUCACCGCCCGAGGGGAUUCCAGUCGCCACAGGAGCGAUUCGACAUGGUCCGAUUGACUCUGACUCUGAUGGCGGACACGAGCGAGUUGGCUCAUCAGGAAAAAUUGGCCCAUCGCACCUGGACGGAGCCGAUGCCGACGAUGGCGAAUUAGUCAGCCCUAUAGUAUCGGAUGAUGGACGAAGUUACCAUGAUGACGAGGACGAGUUUGAAAUGACUAGGAUCUCUGAUCUUCCUCCCUCGUUGCAAGGGCUGAAAAUCCCCGAAGGCGGUAUGGAAUUGCCUAGUAGAUUUCCUUCCAAAGCUAGCUCAAGAGUACCCCAUGGUUCGCGAGCCGGCGACCCAAUACCACACAUGUCUUUAAGCUCGCCGGUCCGAACACCUACAGUUCCCCGAAAGAGUUCCCGCCGAAAGUCACAGAACACAAGUGUGGAUUUAAGCCUUCCAGGCAGUAGCCGCCACACACCUCAAAACUCCCUCAUUUCACGACUUCCAUUUGAGAGGUCGAAUUCCGAUAAGCGACAUUCUGACGCAUCUGCAAAAUCCAGCAUAGCACCGAACGAUGGAUAUGGGCAUUCUCGAAACACUUCAUUUGGCAAUUUUACAGAGGCGUAUGGGAGUGAUCGGCCAACAAGUGUAGGAUAUGUUUCUCAGCACCACAUCCAUACCAUCAAUCCGCCGGAGAACAACCCACAAUAUCUCGGCAGCUCGGCUGAACUGGUAGAUGGAAGAAUUAGUGGAGGAUCAUCUAUUGAUCAUCCUCAAUGAUAGAAAGCACUUUACACGGAUGUUUCACUUUUUUCACUUUACUAAUAUGCAUUUGAUCGUCAUACGAACGAAUUUCCUUGGUCAGAAAAGUCUCGUGGAGUUUUACAGCUUGUAUGUAUUGUAGAAAGGACCGGAGUAGCAUGGCGACGGAGGACAGCGAUGGGACUCUAUGGUUGGCGAAGGAUAUCUGAUCGUUUGGAACGGAUCGGGGAAGGAGAAGGAAGGAAUUCCCCCAAAAUCAGACAUAUAAUUUACGUAGUCUGUCUAUACAUUAUCUUAUGUUCGCGGUCCUUGUAAUAAUAGGCACAGUAGAGGGAAAGGAUGGGCCGACAAAAGGUGGAUGUGUGUGUUAAAGGAGGCGGCUUUAAUAAAAAAGGAAAGGAACGGCUGGGAAAGAAAGGCAACAAUUACCCAUGGAUUGGAUUGAGCCGGAAAGAUCGUGGAUGGCGGAGAUAGAGAUACGGAUAGGAAUAUGGGAUAUGGAUAAAUUAAUAUAUUUUGGCUUGUAGUAUAUGCUUUGAAUGGAUGAAUUUUGAAAGUUGUGGAAAAUUGAGGGGUGAGAUAGAUGGACAAGUUGAAUGAAUUAUUCAAUGUUUAGAUAGGUAUCUACUCGAUCUGGAUCAGCAGAUGGUUUCUUGAUAUCGGAUAGAGUGAUGUUAUAUUUCUACAGUAGGUGAGGUGUGGUGGCGUUGAGAUUGAAUCAAAUAGUUAAGUUGUGCAUGGUUGGUACUCGAGUAUAUUAUCAU